AUGUUUGGAGCCGUGAGCCUGAGAAACUGCACGCUGGCAUGGAGCCGCUCGACCGCAAAAUCCGCGGAGCCGCUGCUGAGAAACGUGACGCUCAACGUCGAACCGGGAUCACUUGUGGGAAUCGUUGGCUUCGUCGGCAGCGGCAAGUCAUCACUACUGUCGGCCAUCCUCGGAGACAUGCAGUGCCUCGAAGGCAGUGUUACACACAGGGGCCGCAUAGCGUACGUGCCUCAAUUGCCGAACGUGCACAACAUGACCAUACGGGACAACAUCCUGUACGGCCGGCCCAUGCAUCCGGGCAACUAUGAACGCGUGCUUCGCCGCUGCCAGCUAAUGAACGACCUCAGCAAGAUUCCAGCGGGGGACGCGGCAGAAGUGGGAGAGAAGGGAACGAAUCUGAGCGGCGGCCAAAAGCAGCGAAUAUCGUUGGCUCGCGCGGCGUACAGCAACAGCGACGUGUACCUGCUCGACGACCCGCUCAGCGCACUUGACCCCGCGGUGGCCAACAACAUUUUCCGCGAUGUCCUGGGUCCAUCCUCCCUUCUCAGGAACAAGACUCGCAUUAUGGUUUGCAACCAAGGAACGUACUUGGGUCACAUGGAUAAAAUUGUAUUCGUCCAUGACAAGAAGGCAACGGUGUACUCAUCUGUCGACGAUCUGCUGAAAGACCCAGCGUCGCCGCAGAAUUUUCACACGGCUUUAAAGCAAAAGCUGCUGGCCUCCACUGCCGCGGACGGCUCCCAACGGGAUUUGAAAAGUUCUCGCAGCAUAAGAUUCGUUGGACGACGUACUUUAACGACCGGCUUGCAGCUUCUCCUGGCUCUCAUCCGUUUCUCGCAAUGGCCCGCGAUGGCGGGCGUGGCCGUCCUGGCCGCGGCAGCCGUGGCGCACGGGAUGCAGCAGCUCUGGAUCAAGUCGUGGACGGACGCCUCCAUCGCCGAUCCCGGAGGCGCGGCAGCGGCACGGCGGUACUGGGUCGGAGGACUCGUGGGCAUCUGCGUCGCCAACGUGCUGUGCCGCUUGCUGGGCGGCGUGCUGCUGGCGGCCACUGCGCGGUUUAUGUCCGGCUCUCUGCACCACGCCAUGCUGGAAGGUGUUCUUCACAGUCCGGUGUCUUUCUUCGACGCGUCGCCCAGGGGCCGAGUGCUGAACCGGUUCGCCGGUGACCUGGACAUCAUGGACGCCGAAUCGUUUGUUUGUGGCAAGCAGUGCGUCCAGGGGUCGCUGAUCACAGUCGCCAGCGUCGCGGUGGUUGCCACGCAGGCGCCCCUGGUGGUAGUGGUCACUGCAGUUGUGGCCGUGCUCACCGUGAAGGGUUUUAUCAUGGCCGUGAGCGCGUCGCACAGUUCGCGCUUCUACGACAGCGUGUCCACCUCGAAGCUGCUGCAGCACAUGACCGAGACCCUGGAGGCGCUGAGCAGCGUGCGGGCGUACGGCGUCCUGGAGAGGUUCCGGCGGCACUUCUACCGCCUCGACGACAUGUGUCUGCGCGGUUACUCGUCCUACGCCGCCUGCUACCGCCUCACGCGGACCGUCACGGCCGCGGGCGGGUUCGUGGUCGUGCUCGCAGCGAUGCUGCUCAGCACCGUGGGCAGCACGGCGGCGCCCGACCCCAGCAGCUUGGGACUCACCCUCAGUUCGGCCACGUCGAUUCCGCUGGCGCUGGUGAGCCUUUGCCUGAUGCUGUUCGGCACACUUCAGAUAAUGGUGUCCUUCGAGCGUUGUCUGGAGUACACGGAGCUGCCGCCUGAGGCUGACGUCGACGGGACCCCUGGAGGAGAACAACAGGAUUUGGGCUGCCGGGCUUUGUCCGAGGACUGGCCGUCGGAAGGUGGAGUCACGUUCCAGGAGUACUCCGCUUCGUACCGACCUGGCAUCGCACCGAACGUUCUCAACGGCGUCACUUUCACGGUGCAGCCUACGCAGAAGGUGGGCGUCGUUGGAAGGACGGGGGCCGGAAAGUCCUCUCUCGUACUUGCCCUUUUGCGCAUUCUUAAAGCGUCUCAAGGACGCAUCCUCAUCGACGGCGUCGACAUUGCCGAAGUUCCUCUGAAAAGGCUGCGCCGGGCCAUCACAGUCAUUCCGCAGGACCCGAGCCUGGUCCGAGGCACGAUGCGCAUGAACUUGGAUCCGACAGGCUCACACUCCGAUGACCAGCUCUGGCAGGCGUUGCGCCACGUCCACCUGGGACCCUUGGUCAAAGGUCACCCAGCCGGACUGGACAUGGAGACCGCUGACGGGGGCACGAACCUCAGCGUCGGUCAGCGGCAGCUGGUGUGCCUCGCCCGUGCCCUGCUGCGUGACUCGAAGUUGCUGCUGCUGGACGAGGCCACCUCGCAGAUGGACGGCGACACGGACCGCCUCAUCCAGGCGACGCUCAGGGAGGCGUUCGGGAACAGCACGCUGAUCGCCAUAGCACACCGGAUACACACCGUGCUCGACUACGACAGAAUACUCGUCAUGGAGGACGGAAGAGUGAGGGAGUACGACACGCCGGCCUCUCUGCUCUCCGAUCGUAGCAGCUGCUUCUACAGGAUGGCCGCGGACGCUGGCGUCGCCGCUGCCGGUCGAAGCGAUCAUUUACUCAACGUAACAUCGUUGUGAAAGGAACUUUCAAAAUAAAACAUCAGACGCGGCGACACUGC